AACCAUGUGCUGUCCACAAAGAAUGCCCGGAGAACAAGAAAGAGAACUUGUAUAUUAAAAAUAUUACAGAAUCAAAACUUUAAAGACAAUAAUACUGAAAGGGUAGAGGAAAACUAUGAAGAAAUCUGUUGGCAGAAAAAAAUGAAAAAAAAAAAAAACACAAAAAACAGUGGGGAAGGAGAGAGAACAUGCAAACAACCAACUAAUUAACCUGCUGCAACGAGACAGAGGAGGGGAGAGAAACACAGAGAAACGUCGACCAAAGCAAGGCUCCAGCACGCAGCACCGACUGAGGAUCGUAAAUGGAGACAGAAGGCCGGAGAGCUCAGGCAGAAUGCAAAGCAGCUUCCAGGCCGGGGUUCAUCAAAGCGGGGCUCUGCCCUGGCCUGUGCUGGCAGGUGGGGCUCCGGGCGUGGGGGGGUCCGGAACCAGAUGGCCCUGCGUGCACUCCGGGUUCCUCCCCAGCUCUGCAGCCUCAGCUCUGAGUUUGGGAGGCUCCGAUCACCACCACCAUCCUCCUCUGCCCUCCUCCCUCUCCUGGGCCUUCUCCCCCUCGCCUGCCCUACCUCGGGCCAGUCUCUGAGCAUCCAGCAGCCGGGUUGGGAAGGGCUUCCUGUCACCACCCCUCCAAGUGCCCACCAGUCCCUGCCUCCCACCCUGUGGUGGCGGGAGCCCCUCGUGACCGGGGGAGACAGUUGUUUCCUGCCCUCGGGAGAGGCCGUGUCAGUGCCCAGGCAGCCCCGGGCUGACACCUCCCCGCCAGCCAUGGACCCCAGCCUGCUCCUGCUGCUGCUGCUCCUGGGACUGGAAGGCUGGGGCUCUGCGGGCAGCCGCCCUGAGCUACUGCAGGUCCCCGUCGGGGGCUCUAUCCAGGUGCAGUGUCACUACCGGCUGCAGGACAUCCGGGCACGGAAGGUGUGGUGCCGCUUUUCCCUGAAUGGAUGCCAGCCCCUGGUGACCUCCGUAGUGAACCGUAGCGCUCCCGAGAACCAGCGCAUCUUCCUCACGGACAUGGGAGGGGGCCUGCUGCAGGUGGAGAUGGUCACGCUGCAGGAGGCCGAUGCGGGCGAGUACGGCUGCCUGGUGGAGGGCGCCUCCGGGCCCCACUUGGUGCACACCUUCUCCCUGGAGGUGCAGCCCAAGGCUCCUGUCCUAGGAGACGAGGAAGAGAAGGAGGAGGAGGAAGAGACCUUUGGGACUGGCACCCUGGCCGAGGGCCACGUCACAGACCCUGAAGGCAGCGCUAGCCCUUGGGGGCUCAGCCAGCGUGAGAGGAGCGUCCCCUGGAUCUGGGGUGCAGUGCUCUUGCUGGGCCUGCUGGUGGUGGCCGUGGUGCUGGUGGUUGUGAUGGUGAAAGGGAAAGGGAACAGGCUCGGCGUCUGUAGCAAGUUCCAGAGCAGCGGCAUCUCGGACGCGGACCUGUUUUCAGCGGCCCGCCAUGCUGGUGACUCUGGACUGGAGGCCGAAUCGUCUUGGGACAUACCCUCCGUGGGGCUCGACUUGCCAUCCUCCUUUGACAAUACCGCCUACACCAACCUGCAGCUUGAGCCUCCAUCUGGAAAAGCCCCAGCUGCACCCCCGCCCUCUCCUCCCCCUCUGCCUCCCAAGGCGGUGAUGUCCUCCAAGCCCCUCACUUAUGCAACAGUCAUCUUCCCGGGAGGGGACAAAAGUGGAGGGGCCUCCAGUGAGCCCACCCAGGACCUGCCCAGCAGUCCAAGCCCACCUAGCUAAACUGCUCAGCACACUGGACACCCAGGGGUUGUCCCUGGGGCUGUGGGCCCUGGGUCAGUGUGGUGGCAACCCUAGGGCACACGUGCCACAGUGCGUUGCUGGUAUCACUAAAAGCUCUAAAAGGUUCGCCAUCACUGCUUCAGAUCUUCAGGGUACUGGAGGUGCCGGGGGCUUCGGGGUGUAAUCUAUCCUGAUAUCGCCAGCAGGGAAGGUGAUACCCUAGGUCUGAUGGAGGUGUUUCAGGGACAUUUACCCCUCUGCUGGGUCCUCUGCAAUGACACAUUGGGCUAAAUAAACCCUAAAUGAUGA